AUGUACGAAGAAGAUAAAGACUCGGUCAUCUUACGCCUUCGGGUGGAACUCGCGCAGGAACGCGCGAAAAGGAAAGAACUUGCACUGGUGGAAAGAGACUGGAGUCGAGAACGCGCGAGGACGGAACACGCGUUGGAAAGGGCCUUGGUGGACGAGAGAGUGCACGGGUUAGAGUUGGAGGCGUCGAGAGUAAAGUUGGAGAGAGAGUUGGUACGUUUGAGAGAGGAGAAGGAAAGUUGGGAACGGGAGAAGGUGAAGGAGAGACUCGCGAUGGAGCAGUUGGCGGAGAAAUGCGAACGCGCGAAAAGGAGAGAGGAGAAGGUCGUGCGGAGUUUGAGGGAAGAGAUCGAGGAGAUGAAAGAGUUUUUGGAGAAGGAAAGGGACGAGAAGAGAUCGAUGGAAUCGAGAACGCGUAAAAUUGAAGAGAUUUUGAGGAAGUUAGAGUCUGCGCGAUGCGAAAACGACCGGUUGACGAAGCGAUGCGUUUCGAGCGAAAGACGUUUGGAACAGGCGCUCGUGGAGAACGUCGAGAGGAGAAAAGAGGCGAAGAAAAACGAACGAACGCUAAAACGAGCCGUUCAUUUAUCCGCAGAGUUGCUCAACCGACAAGACCAUCGAACGUGGAAGGAUAAGAGAGAUGCGGAAGAUAACGAUGCAGAAGAAACCGGUAUCAAAGUUGAGAAGGAGGAGGAGGAAGAGGACGACGACGAAGACGCGUUGUACACGUAA